AUGCUUCCACAAAGAGCUGUUCGAGGAAGUCCUACUAGGAGGAAUAAUAAUCCUCAAGAUCAAGAGAUUUCCAACGAACCAUUAGUGCAACCACCUCAUGAAGAUGUCACCAAUGCUGAAUUAAGGAACGUAAUUCAGAUGUUAACUCAAGUGGUGACAACACAAGUUGGUCACCAAGGAGCCGAACAUCAAGAGCAGAAUGAUGCAUCAAGAGUCCGAGAAUUUCUAAGAAUAAGUCAUCCAGAGUUCACUGGGUCAAAGCUCAAUGAGGAUCCAAAAAACUUUGUGGAUGAACUGCAGAAGGAUAUGAAUACUCGAAGGACUUUUUCUAGAAGGACUGAGAAAGGUAAUGUGAAUCAAGGAGCUUCUCCUCAAGAUCCGGUUGAUCUUUUGGCCGAGAACGUAACAAAUGUGGAGUUUAGGGCAGAUUUUCAAGCAUUGGCUCAAGCCGUGACGACUCAAGCCAAUAGAGAAGUUGUAGCUCCCAUGAACCCUAAUGUGAAUUCGUAG